AUGCAUGCGACGCUUCCAUCCAAUCGAGUUUUCUUUCAGGUAGCACUAUGUAUUCUGUUAGGAGUCGUGAUUUGCGUUUUUGUCAUUGGACUUUGUGUUUAUAUCAAAAUGCAAAAGAUCAAACAACAUGAGAGAGUUUGUCGACGUUUAGCAAACGAUAGUGAUGAAAGUAUUGAUACAUCUUCAACAAAACAAAAGAAAAAAGUUGAGACAUACGAUGAAGCGCUCGACUGUUUACAGGAGAUGAUUGACAAUAAUAUACAAUCAUCAGCACUGUUCUCGAGUAGUUAUAUGGAUUAUUUAUUCAAUUCCUUAGAAACAAUGUCCAAGAAAGAACUCAUUCAUUUGGUACGUAUGCUUCAAUUACAAACGAAGAAGACGAUACGAACAUCAUCGCUAAUAAGCCAAGAAUCGGAUGACAGAAGAAGUUCAACGACAAAGACAAGUUUAGCAGAUGAUCGGGAUAAUCCAUUGAAAAAGAGCGAAAAAACAAGCAGAGACACAAGUUGCAAAACGAUAGCUUGUAAAGAUGACGAGUCCGUUUCUCUUUAG